GCUGAAGGUUGUUCACGUCGAUGCAGCCGCUUUCCUCUCAUUUUUAUGAAAACAACGGGACAAGGAGUCUCCAAUCGCUUCCGCAGAGGUUUGUGGUGCUCCUCGUUCGAAUUUCCUGCUGUUACAUGGUAGCACGGAGCUGAAGGCAAGAGGGAGUUGAAGAUGGCAGUGUGGAUCCAGGCCCAGCAGCUCCAGGGAGAUGCGCUGCACCAGAUGCAGUCUCUGUACGGUCAGCAUUUCCCCAUUGAGGUGCGACAUUAUCUGUCCCAGUGGAUAGAGGGCCAGCUCUGGGAUGCCAUAGACCUAGAGAACCCGCAGGAGGAGUUCAAGGCCAAACGGCUACUGGACAGUCUGAUCCAGGAGCUGCAGAACAAGGCGGAGCACCAGGUUGGAGAGGACGGCUUUCUACUGAAAAUCAAACUGGGACACUAUGCCAGCCAGCUCAAGAGCACGUAUGACCGCUGUCCGCUGGAGCUGGUCAGAUGCAUCAAACACAUCCUCUACACAGAGCAGAGGCUCGUCAGAGAGGCCACCAAUUCGAGCUCUCCGGUGGGGGGGAUGAUGGACAGCAUGUCUCAGAAAUACCAACAGAUCAACCAAGCUUUUGAAGAGCUUCGCCUGCUGACCCAGGACACGGAGAACGAUCUGCGCAAGCUCCAGCACAACCAGGAGUACUUCAUCAUCCAGUACCAGGAGAGCCUCCGCAUCCAGGCUCAGCUGACCGGCCUGUCCACGCUGCCCCCUGCUGACCGACAGCUACGGGAGCCCGCCCUUCUCAGCAAGAGAGCCACUGUGGAGGCAUGGCUGACCAGAGAGGCCAACACACUACAGAAAUACAGACUGGACUUGGCAGAGAAGCACCAGAAAACACUGCAGCUUUUGAGGAAGCAGCAGACCAUCAUUCUGGACGACGAGCUGAUCCAGUGGAAGAGACGGCAGCAGCUGGCAGGCAACGGGGGCCCGCCAGAGGGAGGCCUGGACAUCCUGCAGUCCUGGUGUGAGAAGCUAGCAGAAACUAUUUGGCAAAACAGGCAGCAGAUUCGGAGGGCAGAGCAUCUCAGACAACAGCUGCCCAUCCCCGGCCCCAUCGAAGAGCUCCUCAACGAACUCAGCAGUACGAUCACAGAUAUCAUCUCAGCAUUGGUCACCAGCACCUUCAUCAUUGAGAAACAGCCGCCACAGGUGCUGAAAACCCAAACCAAGUUUGCCGCUACAGUGCGCCUCCUAGUGGGCGGGAAGUUGAACGUGCACAUGAACCCUCCACAGGUGAAAGCCACCAUCAUUAGUGAACAGCAAGCCAAGGCCCUGCUGAAGAACGAGAACACAAGGAAUGAUAGCAGUGGAGAAAUUCUCAACAAUAACUGUGUGAUGGAGUACCACCAGACUACAGGAACUCUCAGCGCCCACUUCAGGAACAUGUCUUUGAAGAGGAUCAAGCGAUCGGACAGGCGAGGGGCAGAAUCUGUCACAGAAGAAAAGUUUACCAUUCUGUUCGAGUCGCAGUUUAGUGUUGGAGGCAAUGAGCUUGUCUUUCAAGUGAAGACGUUAUCACUUCCUGUAGUGGUGAUAGUUCAUGGUAGCCAAGACAAUAACGCCACAGCAACUGUGUUGUGGGACAACGCUUUUGCAGAGCCGGGACGGGUGCCUUUCCUCGUGCCAGAUAAGGUGCUUUGGCCUCAGCUGUGUGAUGCCAUCAACAUGAAAUACAAGGCCGAGGUGCAGAGUAACCGAGGCCUGUCGGAGGAGAACCUGGUCUUCCUGGCUCAGAAGGCCUUCAGCAGCUCCAGCAACAACCCUGACGACUACCGCAACAUGACUAUGACUUGGUCACAGUUUAACAGGGAAAGCUUGCCAGGAAGGAACUUUACAUUCUGGCAGUGGUUUGAUGGCGUGAUGGAACUCACAAAAAAACAUCUCAAACCACACUGGAAUGAUGGAGCCAUACUGGGCUUUGUGAACAAACAGCAGGCUCAGGACAUGCUGAUGUCCAAACCCAACGGUACUUUCCUGCUGCGCUUUAGUGACUCAGAGAUUGGAGGAAUUACAAUCGCCUGGGUGGCAGAAAAUCCUAACAAAGCAGGUGAGAGGAUGGUUUGGAACCUCAUGCCCUACACAACCAAAGACUUCUCCAUUCGCUCUCUGGCUGACCGCAUCAGCGAUCUCAAUCACCUCCUGUUCCUCUACCCCGACAGACCCAAGGAUGAGGUUUUCUCCAAAUAUUACACCCCACCCCUCUCCAAAGCAGUGGACGGCUACGUGAAGCCACAAAUCAAACAAGUGGUGCCCGAGUUUACUACAGCCAAUCCAGACCCAGCAAGUGGGAAUCCAACCUAUAUGGAUCACGGCGCCUCCCCAGCACCCGUCAGCCACCCUCACACCUACGGCAUAUUCCCACCUAUGAGUGACUCUAUGUUGGACGCGGACGGGGACUUCGACCUGGACGACACCAUGGACGUGGCGAGGCAUGUAGAGGAGCUCCUUCGGCGGCCUGUAGAGAGCCAGUGGGGCGGCCAACAGUCCUGACCCUUGACCUUUUAACCCGAGGCAACACCAAACAAACCCUGAUCCCCAACUUGCCCCACCCGCAUUGACAUUUCUCAUGGUUUAAUUCCAUUAAUUUCUCCAUUUUUUUCAGAUAGCUAUAAUGUGAAAUGUUAAUAAUGGUUGUGAUUUAUUUUCUUCUGUUCAGCAUGAGAGCAUGCAUGUUGGUGACUUCUCUUAUUUUUAUUUGUUUCCAUAAGUGUUUGUAAAACAGACAUUAGGUAUAAAGCAAAAACCCGCAAUGUUACAUUAUUUUGAAAAAGAAAAGGAAAGGUAAUAUUCAUUCACGUUGUGCAUGCAUUUUUCACUUGAUUUUGAAUAGAUCCAAAAGAAAAUAUGCUUCUGUAUGAAGUCAUUUUAACAGUUGAAUGUUUCUAUUUUGACAUAUUUUCUGCUCUGUAAAUGGGUUAUUCGUAUUUUGAUAGUGACGUUGCCCUUUGACAAGGAAAAAGAAACUUUCAUGAAGCAUUUUGGUUUUUGCUCUUAAUAACAUAAUCGGAGUAACUGCUCUGCAGUCAGUUUUUUUUAUCCAUAUACACUAACCUAAAGGCAGAGUGACUCUCUUUGCUCUGAGCGACUGACAGCACACACACAUCGGUACACGGUACACACGCUUAAGUGUACGAUGCAUUUGUUCUGAUUUGUUCACCAGCUGAAACCCAGGAAGGGAGGGCUCACUCAUGCGCCUCUCUAGCUCUCACAAGGCUACGUGUCUUCUGUUCGUACACAGAAAUGCAAAUCUAAGCAUUUACCCAACGCUGCCUGCUUCUCCUCUCAGGUCCUUCUGUUCCCCCUCAUGGAUGCUACCUCGCAUUAUUCUACUGACAGUCGUCGUUACCGUUGGUUUUCUUGUUGCCUCUGCACCAUAUUCACACCACUAGAUGCGGCUGUUGGGUUUUUGUUCUUGUGAUUUGUGCUACAUAUGUGAAGAAGAUCUCCUUGCUGCCCGACCGCUGACUGUUGGCUGUUCUCACCUGAUGAAGUCUAAACGCAUUGUCACGUCUGGUCGAUGUCCCUGAAUAUUCAGCUCCCCUCUGACUUUUUUCCUGCCUAUCCGUAAGCUUGUACCUGUGGCAUGACACUGUGGCAAAACCGCCCUGAGCAAGUCUCUGUGUGACACCAUGACCUGCACCAGCAGCUGAAGUUGCAAGGCAUACAGUAGAUCGAUAGAUGCAUUGGCUUUGAAUGCUUGCACGGACUCACCAGCCGCUGGGCCACAUACAGAACUCAAGGAUGAAGUGUCAUGUCACCUUCUUAGUCUGGCCUUUGUUUUUGGGUCAAGAUCAGUUUUCAGUGCGUGUCCUCUUUUUGCUACACAUGAAACAUAACAAAUACAUUGUUCUACUAGAAAAGGUUGAGACUAUUUCCCCCUCCUCUAACACACACAAACAAAUACACAAACACGCACACACACACACACACAAUGCUGAAUAACAAAAAUGUGUCAACAGCCUUGCACCUCAGGAAUGAAAUUGCUUUGCUUCGCUUAUGUACAAGCCAAAUAGAAAAAUGAUCAAUGUAUACAGAAUAUAUGAAUUUAUUUUCUCUAUCAUAAUUCUAUUUUAUUAUUGUUUCUCUGGCACUCCCCCUAUUGAAUGUAACCGCUUUGCAUGACCCUGUUGAGGAUAUUUGUUACAAAUACCUCCUGAGUCUGAGCAGACGUUUCAAGUCUUGUAUCACCAGAAGUACCAGUUUAAAAAAGGACACCAAGCAACUGGAAAUCAGAGAAGAAGAAUUUAUGAUGUACUUUUUUGUGUUUGUCCGACAGACAUUAAUAUUUAAAAUAUUCCCUCGUCUAUCUUUUCAUUUCCUCCUUCAAUCGUUUCUUUUUUUGUACAUCUGCUGAUUUUGAAAUCCCGAGCUAGAUGAGCUGUCUUACAAUAUAUCCUUCAUUACCAGUAUCCUCAUCAUCUCAUCAAAGCUUUGUUCCACUGUAGACUGUAUUUUUUCUUUGGUUUGUUUGUUGUUUUUUCGACGAUGAUGAUGUAGAUGGCGCUGUGUGCUGUUCGAUUUAUGUACCAUGUUUGUGGUUUGGGUUUAUCGCUUGGAGGUUUUCCAAGAGAAACAGCUGUUGAGUUGAAAAGAAGAAAAAUAAAGUUUUAUAAAUAAUUUUAACUAUUAUGUAAUUUAUAGCAGCAUUUGAAAAUUUACAUAAUUUUAAGAUUUGGAUGUCACUACAAAAUAAAUGCUGUUUUUUUUGUAACGUGCGCAGUCAACAACAUCGAUUUAAUCCCCGAGCAGCAGAGCGUUAAUACAGCAACAGGGAUUCCACAGGUUUGUUAACGUGUAACAAACUAUUGCACUUACCAACACACUGUGUGAGGCUUUCUGUGUGAUUUAAAAACUCACAGCU